AUGGCAACCGCAGAGACUGUCCAACUUGGAGAUAUCCAUGCGCCAAAAGAAGAUAGCAUCAUUGCCUUUGAGAAAAUCGAGACAGAACUCAAGAAGAAACUUCAACAUCUCCGCCAUGAAACCAAUAAACACGAGCCCCAAUACUUCGCUCCCAUCUCCCACCUCUCAGACCACACCCUUACCUCGUUCACUUCCUCUGCCCUCACCUCCGUCCGCGUAGCCACUAGUGCCUAUGGACUUCACCUCCUCGGCAAAGUUCUCAUUCCCGAGACCGAAGAUAAAUAUAUCAUGUUCCGAGCUUUCAUUCCAGGAGACUCGGAUACCGCUACUCUUCAUUGUAUACACAUGGAAGAAACGGAUGUUGGAGGUGAGGAGGGAAAGUUCUUCAGAGCAAUAUUUGGAGAGGAGGAUGAGUUGAAGUGGUUUGAUGAAUAG